AUGGCAAUGUGGAUGCUGUCGAAUUUUGUCCCCACAAUUCAUUCCAGCAUGUGCUUGCAGCCUCCACGUACACACUACAAGAGGGUUAUGAGCCUAAACGAACUGGAAGCAUCUCUCUUUUUAAUGUUGAUAUCUGAGGUUGGUAAUCUUGACUUGGCCUAUAGAGCUGAGACUGCCGGGGUUUUUGAUAUAAAGUGGAACCCGGUUGUUGGUGAUACGUUACCCUUACUUGCUCUAGCAGAUGCUGAUGGUUACUUGAGAAUUCAUAGGCUUGGAUGUUGUUUAAAUGGAUCUGAAGUACCUGGGCAUUGUUUGGAAGAUGUUUGGAGUGAGCAUGUUAGUUCAUCCAUGUGUUUAUGUCUAGAAUGGGACCCUUCAGGCUCAUCAGUCACCGUGGGAUCUGAUGAUUGUAAGUUUAGCUGCUGGGAUUUGCGUGAUGACUCUUCGAAUAUGGUUUUCCAGAAUUCCAAGGUUCAUGAAAUGGGAAUUUGUUGUAUCACAAAAAACCCUAGUGAUACUAAUACUCUACUUACCGGAAGUUACGACGAGCACCUGAGGGUGUGGGGUUUGAGAUCAAUGUUGAGGCCUAUUAACGAAACAUCGAUUGUGGUGAAGACCAAAGGCGAUGAGCCUGAGGUAAUUGAAAGGUAUGGAAAACACGGUUCACUUGCAUACGGUGCAGAUUGGCAUAGGGGGAAGUUUACAGGGAAAGGGAAAAAAGGAAAUAGGGCUCUUGUGGCCACUUGCUCAUUUUAUGACCGACUCCUUCGAGUUUGGAUGCCUGAGUGUGACUUAACAUUAUUUGAUUGA